AUGCGCACUGCACAACCCAUCGGGGCACAAACCAGACUCGAGUUUAGGUCUUCCACGCCAACCUCACCUCAUCGCUGCUCCUUGGGGGCGUUGCGCGCCGCUCAACCCUCCGCCAACCAACUCACCGCUCUGACCGCACCUCACCUCCCUCCCUGCAUGCUCACCUCCCUCCCUGCAUGCUCACCUCCCUCCCUGCAUGCUCACCUCCCUCCCUGCAUGCUCACCUCCCUCCCUGCAUGCUCACCUCCCUCCCUGCAUGCUCACCUCCCUCCCUGCAUGCUCACCUCCCUCCCUGCAUGCUCACCUCCCUCCCUGCAUGCUCACCUCCCUCCCUGCAUGCUCACCUCCCUCCCUGCAUGCUCACCUCCCUCCCUGCAUGCUCACCUCCCUCCCUGCAUGCUCACCUCCCUCCCUGCAUGCUCACCUCCCUCCCUGCAUGCUCACCUCCCUCCCUGCAUGCUCACCUCCCUCCCUGCAUGCUCACCUCCCUCCCUGCAUGCUCACCUCCCUCCCUGCAUGCUCACCUCCCUCCCUGCAUGCUCACCUCCCUCCCUGCAUGCUCACCUCCCUCCCUGCAUGCUCACCUCCCUCCCUGCAUGCUCACCUCCCUCCCUGCAUGCUCACCUCCCUCCCUGCAUGCUCACCUCCCUCCCUGCAUGCUCACCUCCCUCCCUGCAUGCUCACCUCCCUCCCUGCAUGCUCACCUCCCUCCCUGCAUGCUCACCUCCCUCCCUGCAUGCUCACCUCCCUCCCUGCAUGCUCACCUCCCUCCCUGCAUGCUCACCUCCCUCCCUGCAUGCUCACCUCCCUCCCUGCAUGCUCACCUCCCUCCCUGCAUGCUCACCUCCCUCCCUGCAUGCUCACCUCCCUCCCUGCAUGCUCACCUCCCUCCCUGCAUGCUCACCUCCCUCCCUGCAUGCUCACCUCCCUCCCUGCAUGCUCACCUCCCUCCCUGCAUGCUCACCUCCCUCCCUGCAUGCUCACCUCCCUCCCUGCAUGCUCACCUCCCUCCCUGCAUGCUCACCUCCCUCCCUGCAUGCUCACCUCCCUCCCUGCAUGCUCACCUCCCUCCCUGCAUGCUCACCUCCCUCCCUGCAUGCUCACCUCCCUCCCUGCAUGCUCACCUCCCUCCCUGCAUGCUCACCUCCCUCCCUGCAUGCUCACCUCCCUCCCUGCAUGCUCACCUCCCUCCCUGCAUGCUCACCUCCCUCCCUGCAUGCUCACCUCCCUCCCUGCAUGCUCACCUCCCUCCCUGCAUGCUCACCUCCCUCCCUGCAUGCUCACCUCCCUCCCUGCAUGCUCACCUCCCUCCCUGCAUGCUCACCUCCCUCCCUGCAUGCUCACCUCCCUCCCUGCAUGCUCACCUCCCUCCCUGCAUGCUCACCUCCCUCCCUGCAUGCUCACCUCCCUCCCUGCAUGCUCACCUCCCUCCCUGCAUGCUCACCUCCCUCCCUGCAUGCUCACCUCCCUCCCUGCAUGCUCACCUCCCUCCCUGCAUGCUCACCUCCCUCCCUGCAUGCUCACCUCCCUCCCUGCAUGCUCACCUCCCUCCCUGCAUGCUCACCUCCCUCCCUGCAUGCUCACCUCCCUCCCUGCAUGCUCACCUCCCUCCCUGCAUGCUCACCUCCCUCCCUGCAUGCUCACCUCCCUCCCUGCAUGCUCACCUCCCUCCCUGCAUGCUCACCUCCCUCCCUGCAUGCUCACCUCCCUCCCUGCAUGCUCACCUCCCUCCCUGCAUGCUCACCUCCCUCCCUGCAUGCUCACCUCCCUCCCUGCAUGCUCACCUCCCUCCCUGCAUGCUCACCUCCCUCCCUGCAUGCUCACCUCCCUCCCUGCAUGCUCACCUCCCUCCCUGCAUGCUCACCUCCCUCCCUGCAUGCUCACCUCCCUCCCUGCAUGCUCACCUCCCUCCCUGCAUGCUCACCUCCCUCCCUGCAUGCUCACCUCCCUCCCUGCAUGCUCACCUCCCUCCCUGCAUGCUCACCUCCCUCCCUGCAUGCUCACCUCCCUCCCUGCAUGCUCACCUCCCUCCCUGCAUGCUCACCUCCCUCCCUGCAUGCUCACCUCCCUCCCUGCAUGCUCACCUCCCUCCCUGCAUGCUCACCUCCCUCCCUGCAUGCUCACCUCCCUCCCUGCAUGCUCACCUCCCUCCCUGCAUGCUCACCUCCCUCCCUGCAUGCUCACCUCCCUCCCUGCAUGCUCACCUCCCUCCCUGCAUGCUCACCUCCCUCCCUGCAUGCUCACCUCCCUCCCUGCAUGCUCACCUCCCUCCCUGCAUGCUCACCUCCCUCCCUGCAUGCUCACCUCCCUCCCUGCAUGCUCACCUCCCUCCCUGCAUGCUCACCUCCCUCCCUGCAUGCUCACCUCCCUCCCUGCAUGCUCACCUCCCUCCCUGCAUGCUCACCUCCCUCCCUGCAUGCUCACCUCCCUCCCUGCAUGCUCACCUCCCUCCCUGCAUGCUCACCUCCCUCCCUGCAUGCUCACCUCCCUCCCUGCAUGCUCACCUCCCUCCCUGCAUGCUCACCUCCCUCCCUGCAUGCUCACCUCCCUCCCUGCAUGCUCACCUCCCUCCCUGCAUGCUCACCUCCCUCCCUGCAUGCUCACCUCCCUCCCUGCAUGCUCACCUCCCUCCCUGCAUGCUCACCUCCCUCCCUGCAUGCUCACCUCCCUCCCUGCAUGCUCACCUCCCUCCCUGCAUGCUCACCUCCCUCCCUGCAUGCUCACCUCCCUCCCUGCAUGCUCACCUCCCUCCCUGCAUGCUCACCUCCCUCCCUGCAUGCUCACCUCCCUCCCUGCAUGCUCACCUCCCUCCCUGCAUGCUCACCUCCCUCCCUGCAUGCUCACCUCCCUCCCUGCAUGCUCACCUCCCUCCCUGCAUGCUCACCUCUCUCCCUGCAUGCUCACCUCUCUCCCUGCAUGCUCACCUCUCUCCCUGCAUGCUCACCUCUCUCCCUGCAUGCUCACCUCUCUCCCUGCAUGCUCACCUCUCUCCCUGCAUGCUCACCUCUCUCCCUGCAUGCUCACCUCUCUCCCUGCAUGCUCACCUCUCUCCCUGCAUGCUCACCUCUCUCCCUGCAUGCUCACCUCUCUCCCUGCAUGCUCACCUCUCUCCCUGCAUGCUCACCUCUCUCCCUGCAUGCUCACCUCUCUCCCUGCAUGCUCACCUCUCUCCCUGCAUGCUCACCUCUCUCCCUGCAUGCUCACCUCUCUCCCUGCAUGCUCACCUCUCUCCCUGCAUGCUCACCUCUCUCCCUGCAUGCUCACCUCUCUCCCUGCAUGCUCACCUCUCUCCCUGCAUGCUCACCUCUCUCCCUGCAUGCUCACCUCUCUCCCUGCAUGCUCACCUCUCCUUCGGCCAACAGGGCUCUCUUCCUGCCACCACACCUCUCACCCUACAUGUUCACCUCUGGAUAA